UAAUUUCAGUGCACCCAGUCUUCGCCGUCGACUGGCCUUUCUCGGGUUGAAAUAUAAUUACACAGUAGCAGGGCAUGUGCUGCCGCUCAUGUUACCUUUGGUUGACUAGACUGCAGCUGGGCGGUCCUUUACUGCACGAGCUACAAAGUCACUAGAGAACAAAGUUUGAAAUGAGUCCCUGCAAAACAAACCUGUGCAACGCACACUGAGCGAGCGAUCAAUAAUGGAUUCAGCCAAGCGGGAUGAACACAUGAGCGAGCACGCCGCCAACCUACUGGGGACAGCACAGCGGUCCAAACGGACACAAAGCGCCACCAAAACAAAGUCAAGAUACUUGAAAAUCCUCUGUGCGGUCCUUCUGCUUGGCUUGCUGGCUUUAAUUCUCACAGUCAUAUUUAUACUCAAACUCCGUUGCAGUGAUAAAGUUACUAAUAGCUGUAGAAACCGCUGCUUGUCCAAAAGUCGUGACUCUAACACGGUGUGCCACUGUGACACUGCGUGUGUGAAUGAAGGCACCUGCUGUCUGGACUAUGAAGAAGUGUGUGUGGAACCAAGUCAGCGCUGGACGUGUUCUAAAUUCCGUUGCGGUGAGGAGCGUUUGCUGAACAGCCUCUGCUCCUGUUCUGAAGACUGUGUGAAAUUGGGUGACUGCUGCUCGAACUACAAGAGCAUAUGUAAAGGUGAAAAACCUUGGCUGGAAGAGGACUGUGAAGACAUCAGGACUCCUCAGUGUCCUGCUGGGUUUUCUGAACCGCCGCUACUUCUGGUGUCUCUGGAUGGAUUCAGGGCAGAAUACAUGGAGGCCUACAGCAGCCUGCUUCCUGUCAUCAACAAACUCAGGAAAUGUGGGACCUCCACACCGUAUAUGCGACCUGCUUACCCCACCAAGACCUUCCCAAAUCAUUACACCAUAGUGACAGGUCUGUAUCCAGAAUCACAUGGAAUUGUGGACAAUAAGAUGUAUGAUGUCACUCGCAAUGCCUCUUUCAGUUUGAAAAUUGAUGAGAAAUUCAACCCUGCAUGGUACCAGGGUGAACCAGUUUGGCUCACAGCCAUGAAAAACAAACUAAAAACAGCUACUUUCUUCUGGCCUGGAUCCGAUGUGAAAGUCAAUGGACAUUUCCCAGAUUACUGGGUGAAGUAUGACAGGAACAUCCCCUUUGAAAAGAGGGUGGCAAAAAUCUUUGAAUGGUUGCAUUUACCUGAAGGAGAAAGGCCAGACUUUUACACCUUAUAUUUCGAAGAGCCUGAUUCUGCUGGUCAUCGACAUGGACCAAUGAGUAGCCAGGUCAUUGAGGCUUUACUGAAUGUCGACAGGCUUCUUGGGAUGUUGAUGGAUGGUCUUGAGGAAAGACAGCUGCACAGAUGUGUUAACCUGGUUCUGGUCUCUGACCACGGGAUGGAAGAAGCGUCAUGCAAGAAAGCUGCGUAUGUCUCGGACUAUCUGGAAAACAUCGAUGACAUCAUUGUCAUCCAGGGUCCUGCAGCGAGAGUCCGUCCCAAACGUUUGCCUGAUGAAUUCUUCUCCUUUGAUUAUGAAGGUCUGGUGAAGAAUAUUUCGUGCAGAGAACCUGAUCAGCCGAUGAGGCCGUAUCUGAAGGAGCAUCUGCCCAAACGGCUUCACUUUGCCAGUAACAUCCGAAUAGAGAGAGCACAUCUCUACAUGCAGCCCGGCUGGCAAGCAGCACUACUUAAUGACCCACUUCGAAGCAAAGUGGCCAUCAUUGGCAGCUUAUUGUCUGACACCACUGUUGGGAAGUUACAUAAUUUGCUGGGUAUUCCUCCUGCCCCCAAUAACGGCACACAUGGCAGUUUAAACCAUCUGCUGAAGAACCCACCCCACCAGCCGGUGUACCCCGCAGAGCACUCGGCACCAUCGACAUGCACCCAUGUUAGCGGCUUCUUGCAGGACCCUCGCGGCUGCACCUGUGACUCCCUCACUGAGGCUGAGGUGAACCGUUUGAACCAGCAUCUCAUCAACUCAAACCCAAACUCUAACGUGAAGCCUGUUCAUCUGCCUUACGGAAUCCCACGUGUUCUUCAGGAGCAGUCGGAUUACUGUAUACUUCACCACACUGCGUACAUCAGCGGAUACAGCAGAAACAUCCUGAUGCCCCUUUGGGUCUCAUACUCUUUGAAUGCAACGGUGAGCAUCCAGCCCUCAGCAGACACAUGUGUCCGUGCAGAUGUGCGUGUACAGGCCAGUGCGAGACAGUCCUGCUCAUUCUAUAAGAACAAUUCCACUCUGACCUUUGGCCUCCUGCAUCCACCCAACGUCAGUCCUACAGGAACUGAGCCAGACUCCUUAAUUACAAGCAACAUGGUGCCCAUGUUUCCUGCUUUCAAAGAUAUCUGGAAUCACUUUCACAAUUUUCUGCUGCUGAAGUAUUCACAAAAGCUGAAUGGAGUCAAUGUUGUGAGCGGACCAAUAUUUGACAACGACUUUGAUGGGAACUAUGACUUUUUGAACAAGGGAACCCCGAACGGGGCUCCCAUCCCGACACAUUUCUUUGUGAUUCUUACAAGUUGUAAGAACUCGUCCCUUCCCAUCCGACAGUGUGACGGUCCUCUAGAUGCUGUGUCUUUCGUUCUUCCUCAUCGAGCCGAUAGUCUGGAAACAUGUCAUAAUGGCUCAGACUACUCAUGGCUCCAGGAUUGGGUUCAGUUUCACGUGACACGAAUCAGAGACGUUGAGCUUCUGACGGGCUUGAGUUUUUACCAUGACCGAAUAUCUGUUGCUGAAACAUUACAACUCAAAACCACACUCAAAACUUUCUAGAAACGCUUAUGAACUUAGACCUCAUUUCACUGCGUCUGCAGGCCACGAACGGCACAUUCAGAAUGGAAUGGAUCUAUUCUCCAUUGAAACCCAGCUGAGCCUUACCAGACUCUGAAACAAAGAUACUAGUUCAUCCAGAGAGUCUUUGAACUCCUAAAAUGGGAAAAUAAAAGCGUUUUAUGAUCUCUGCUUUAUUCUGAUUCUUUAUUCUCAGAGGCAAUCUAUUUAUAUCUGGGGAAGUACCAACUGUAGCAGAAACUGGCCGAGCAAUCCUAGAGAAACAAAAAUUCAGUUUUUCCAAAAAAAAACAAAAAAGACUGUUUUGCAGCACACAUGUUAGUGAUUUAACUGUGGUUGGACUGUGGGUCCAGCAUUCAGCCUGUUCCAAAAAGAAAGAGUAUACUCAAAUGAAACCGUAUAGAGAGCUUUUGUGCAAACAACAGGAAAGCUACAUUUUCCACAGGAAUCACUUUGAAAGUGUUACUUGCUAUACAUUGUUUUAUUAUAUUGUAUUACAACAAAAUAAACAAAUGCUGUUUCCAGCAGUCUGUAGCAUGCACAGCCAAUUCAUGAUUUAUUUACUCAUGUAUAAUAGUGGUUUGUACUGCCCCUUCAGGCCAGAAUGCAGAAUUGCAUCAGACAACAAAAGCAAAACUUAUGUCACUGCAUCUUUUUUCUGGAGAUUAAAUGGAUUCACUCUCUCAGGUCAAUUUUGAUAUCAAUAAAUAUGCAUCAACAUUCUUUAUUACAUUUGUAUGCUACUUUUGUUAUUCAAAGUUCAUAACGUGUAAGCAGAGAUGAGAUUUUACUGUAGACUGUCUCAUAUGUAUGUCGUGUAUUGUCUCACUGUAUUUGGUGAAUAUUGGUUAAAUAUUUAAUAUUUGUGUUAUGUAUUUUGUUCGUGCAGUUUGUUGUGGUUUAAUACA